CACGUCUGUGUGCGCGCUCCGGUCCGAACCGGGGUCCACGGCUCCAGGACACGCCGUUGCUCUCUCCCCAGCACCACUUCCACACAGACGCGUAUCCUCCGUCCACCUCUCCACACUCAGCCCAGUGCUGCGCGCCCACACACUAGUACACACUAACAACAUACUCUCACACACACUCCACCGCUAACUUAAACUUUUUCCUUGUGGAUCUCCGGUCCGGCUCCGAGUGCACAUUUAGCACAGUACCAGCGUGAUCCGCCGUGCGUCCCGGGACGGAACCAAAGCCCAGCCCUGGAUUCAAUACUCCUGAUCAAUGGACAGAGCCUCGUCGGCGGCCAGCAGCGCUACAGACACGUCGUGAACAACUCAUUCUCACUGGCUGGAGCUCCUUUGGGGGUCUGGGGGAGGAUGGAGCGAGGAGGGGAGAGUCCCAUCACCCAGGACAGUCCUGAGCAGAGGGGAGGCAGCCCGGACCUCAGCGGCCUCCCACCUCCGGGCAAGAAGAGCCGGUUGGAGCUCAACGGGAGCCCCACUGGGCCACGCAUACGCCACAACGGAGCCCUGCCAAGACCUCUGGGAGGUCUGAUGAUUCCAGUCUUCUGUGUGGUGGAACAGUCAGAUGGAGGGUUUCAGACCGACGGAUGUGAAGGAAGAGAGGAGCAUGCAGAGUUUGUUCUGGUCAGGAAGGAUAUUCUCUUCUCUCAGCUGGUGGAGACGGCUCUCUUGGCCCUCGGCUACUCCCACAGCUCAGCGGCACAAGCACACGGCAUCAUCAAGGUGGGAAGAUGGAACCCUCUGCCUAUCCACUUCCUGACUGACGCUCCAGAAGCUACGGUAGCCGACAUGCUGAUGGAAGUCUACCACAUGGUCACGCUACGCAUCCAGCUACAAAGUUUUUCAAAGCUGGAGGACCUGCCCUGUGAACAGUGGAACCACGCGACUGUCAGGAACGCUCUCAAAGAGCUGCUGAAGGAAAUGAACCAAAGUACUCUGGCCAAAGAGUGUCCUCUGUCGCAGAGCAUGAUUUCCUCCAUCGUAAACAGCUCCUACUAUGCCAAUGUCUCAACUGCCAAAUGCCAGGAGUUUGGUCGCUGGUACAAGAAGUAUAAGAAACUAAAAGUAGACUACCUGGAGAAGAUGUGGUCAGGACGAGAUGCUGCUGACAUCAAAAUAGAGAGAGACAACAUGGCAGACUUCUGUGUGCUGGGCCAGAGGCCUCCUCCUCACUUGGCUGGCCUGGCCCAGCUCAGUCACCUGGGAGCUGCCAGCCCCCUCCUUAAAGCUGGAUCUGGAGAUCCACAGGCACCUUCCCAGCCACCCCAGCAGCCUCCUCCUCCCCAGCAACAGCCCUCACCACACGGCCCCCUCCAUCACAGCCCGCCUCUCCGUACGGGCCAGGUGCCUCCUCCACCCCCUCCACCCCCACCUGGUGCCCUGCAGCCCCUGCUGGGACCAGGUGGGCUGCUCUCCCCUCAACUGUCCCCACAGCUGGUGCGUCAGCAGCUCGCCAUGGCCCACCUCAUCAACCAGCAACUAGCCGUUAGCCGCCUGCUGGCCCAUCAGCACCCGCAGGCCCUCAACCAGCAGUUCCUCAACCAUCCACCAAUCCCUCGGGGCUCAACCAAAGCUGGCAGCGACCACCCCGGGAGCAACCCCUCCGUUGCUGAGGUCUCCUCUGAAAUCUACCAGCAGGUCAGAGACGAGCUGAAGAGAGCUAGUGUCUCCCAGGCCGUGUUCGCCCGCGUGGCUUUCAACCGCACACAGGGUCUGCUGUCAGAGAUCCUGAGGAAGGAGGAGGACCCUCGCACAGCUUCACAGUCCCUGCUGGUCAAUCUGAAAGCAAUGCAGAACUUCCUCAACCUGCCUGAGAACGAGAGAGACCGAAUCUAUCAGGAGGAGAGAGAGCGCACCAUGAACCCUUCGGUCGGACUUCCUGCCUCCAGCCCCUCUAACCCCAGUGCCCCACGCCUCUCACAGAAAGUGUGGGAGAGGAGCUUGGAUGACCAGAUGACCCCUGAUGCCUGGGCCUCCAUCUGGAAGAACAAGACUAAAAUCUCCAACUCUCCCAAGCCCUCUGGCCCGGCCCCCGACCUCCCACUGAAGCUGGAGUCGCUGGUCAACAUUACGUCGGGCAUCUAUGACGAAAUCCAGCAGGAGAUGAAGAGAGCCAAGGUGUCGCAAGCUUUGUUCGCAAAGGUGGCCGCCAACAAGAGCCAGGGCUGGCUGUGUGAACUGCUUCGGUGGAAGGAGAACCCCAGCCCAGAGAACCGCACCCUGUGGGAGAACCUGUGCACCAUCCGGAGGUUUCUGACCCUGCCGCAGGCUGACAGAGACCUAGCGUACGAGGAGGAAUCCAGACACCAUCACAGUGAGAGGCUGCACACCGUCCUCCACCUGCCACAGGACACACAGGCACUUCACAGGCCACCUCCAGCCCCUAUGAAGGAGCAUCGGCUGUCUCCGAUGCAUGAAGAACCAUUAUCUGCCCCAGUGAAUGAGGAGGGGUCACAGAAUGCGGGAGCAGGAGCUGCAGGUGGAUGUCCACCUGGCUCUGUAGGCAGUGCUGGCAGCAACAAGAAGCCACGAUCACGCACUAAGAUAUCCCUGGAGGCCCUAGGUAUCCUGCAGAGCUUCAUCCAGGACGUUGGCUUGUACCCAGACCAGGAGGCCAUCCACACCUUGUCGGCACAGCUUGACCUGCCCAAGCACACCAUCAUCAAGUUCUUCCAGAACCAGCGCUACCACGUCAAGCACCACGGCCGCCUCAAGGAACUAGGUGAGGGGGCUGCCGCUAGUGGAGGUGUGGAUGUUAGCGAAUACAGAGACGAAGAGCUGCUUUCAGGGUCAGAGGACCCAGAGUCCAGUGAGGACGGAGCAGAGGAGAUCUACCAGUCCACAGAAGGGAGUGGCGGGAGCACAGGGGGGCUGAACCAGUCUUUGGCCUCCUCUAGCUCUAACUCCAGCCAGUUGUCCUCAGGGACCAACAUGACCCAGGAGGAGGGUAAGGACAAGGGUCACGGCCGGCCUAGUGGCAAUGUGGCCCCUGGGAGCUCCUCGUCCAGUCCAAGAGAGCAAGCUGACUACCAAAGAAUUGGGCAGUUGUUUGGGGAACAAGAGACAUUAGGAGCACUCUGGCCUAAAAGAAGAAAAAGACAAGGAGCGGAGAGUGAAAGAAAAUGAAGAAGAAACAGUUACUGAGUGUUAUUAAAUUAAAUGAAAAUCCCAUCUUAUUAUGUUAUGCCAGUUUUUAUAGUUCUGUUUUACAGAUAUAGCAAAUAAGACCUGUUGAAAAGAGAAAUAACUAAAUAAGAACAGUGCUUUUAUUUGCUGCAGUUGAUGACAAUCUACUUUUUGAGCCAUUAAAGAACUGUGGCAGGUUUGACUCUGUUCUACACUUUUAAUGUCUGUAAAUA